AUGCAGGAAACCAAAGGUAAUAUCUUAUUGACGGAUCUCUGUGCUAUUUGUCAUGCUAAUUCUAUCAAAUACACCUGUCCCCGAUGCGGCAUCCAUACGUGUUCCCUACCUUGUGUCCGGCGCCAUAAAACAUGGGCUCAAUGUUCUGGCAUUCGAAAUCCUACAGCCUAUCGAAAACGGGCAGAGUUAGCAACGCCAGCUUCUGUCGACCAGGACUUUAAUUUUAUCACAUCCGUCGAAAGAUCCCUGCAGAAAGCAGAUGACCUAGUCCUAGACAAAGGCAUAGACUUGGCCCCUAGUGGCGUCAAUCGACAUGGCCAUGAUCCGAAGCGAAGGUUUGAUACCGAGGUUGAGAAUAGAGGGAUUCAUUUGAUCAAAGCUCCUCGUGGUCUAUCUCGAAAUACCCAAAACAAGUCACAUUGGACUCCUAAAGGUAUCAUGUGGACAACGGAAUGGAUACUUUAUGACGGUGAAAAGAAAUUCCACAACGUCAUUGAAUUGAGGACUGUGGGGGAAGCAUUUGUGGCCAUCUUUGGCAAGACUAAAAUCCGCAGGAAACGGAAACGGAGUGAUGCUGAAACCACAAGCGUGCCGGCUACACAACCUGACACUGAAAACACCCAGCCGGACUCUUCCCACGCGAGGAUCGCACAAGACCAGCCCACGUCGACUCCAGACAUGGAAAACCAAGAUGACGGUUCAAAGAAUGAGGCAUCUAGUCGGGACAAACGUGUCCAAGACCCUUCCGACACACUGGAAACAGGAGCAAAAAGUCUAGAAAUUUCGCCAAUAAUUCGCAAUCUUCAUUUUUACCUCCUCAGACCGAAGACGAUGUCGAAACUAAAAUGUCUGAUACCAAUAUCGCCUACAUCCACCUUGGAUGGUGUUCUUCGCGAUAAAACGUUGCUUGAAUUCCCAACCUUCCAUGUCAGGAAGGAAGCGCCUGACGCUUUGAGCGAGCCGUUCAUCUCAGACGAGAAGUACACCCAGGUAGGGACCCGACGCCAGAGAGCCGAUGGCACGGACAGAUAUCGACGAGAAAAAGGUGUUGGAAGUGCUUCAGAAGGAUCUCGCCGGCGGAGGCCACGCAUCUGA